ACACUGAAACAGCAAUGUGAUAGAUUGUGAGCAGACUUAUAAAGCAAUUUAUACAUGUGAUUGGCCAGGAGUUACCUAGCUAAUGGUGCGAUGAUGUACAGCUGCUAGUCUUUCAGCUAGAACUACGCUGCGCUUACACUUAUAGCAAAUAAUUAUAGAUUUAAAAAAGUGUUACCAUUGGAAUGAAAACUAUGAGCCAGUGUCGUUUCGAGAGGGGCAAACUCACAUUCAGGUUUGGGUCCAUUGUGGUAUUAUUCAGUUUAUCCAUAAUAACAUGUAAGCAUGAGACAGUUGGGAUGGAAUUGCUUAUCAACUUUGUCUGUAAGCUAUUUCCAAUCUUUAAGCUCAUGUCAUGACAACUUUUACUGUUCAAAGUACAAAAAGUUUUAGCUGAUGAAUUAAUGUAGCUAUAGGCCUAUGUGCUUUAACAAAAAAAUCUAAACUGCAUGUGUCCGCCUCUAUACCUAUUUGGAAAAGCUGAGUGCUAGGCCUGUUGUAAGUUUAUUACGUAACCACAUUUUUUGUUCUUUUGCACAAUUUAAGGAACACUUCAACCUUUAGUUGCAUUUAACCCAGAAUAUUCUUUUAUUAAAUACUUUCCUGAUAUCUAUUUUUCAUCCAAAUAAGCGUCUUUUUGUGAGUUCAGUUGCAAUGAGAGAGACAUAUCUUUUUUUUUUAAUUGGUUCCUCUUCAUUAGACCCUCCACCAGUUGGGCUGAUUAGCCAUCAGACUCUUGUUUUGAACUGUAUUGAGAGUAAGUCUGCCACCCCUCACAGACCCGUACCGGAGCCUUUUCUCGGCCCAGCCUGUGAGCAGUUCACACCACAUCACACAUAGGAGAAUGUAGAGGGGUAAGUGUUUACAUUCUUUGCCUUCUUACAGGACAAGGCUUGUGUGUGUUUAUGUUAAAUCCUCACACAAAGACGAUCCAGCAUGAGGUGAGACUGUGCAGAAUCUCCACAGUUUAUAUUGUCAUCCAGCAUGUCCCUUAUAAAUCACAUUGACUCAGAAAUGGUACAUGUAAAAACCCUUUUAAUGUGCACUGAAAGUCCCACCUGUCAAAUUUGAACAAGGACACAUUUUUCUUGGGUAAUGCAAUAGGAAAUGUCUUUCCGCUAUAACAGACUAAUACUAAUUGUAUAUAUAUAUGCUACACAUUCAUAAUUGGUGCUUGCAAAAUACCCAUAGGCUUAUAUUGAAGGAGGGACCCAAGCCAUAUCUAGGGACUUUAUGGUGGGCUCUUUUGAUUUGUCAGUAAGCAAUAACCUAGCAACCUCCUAGCUACCACUCAGAACACCCUAGCAUUGGGGCAGUUACUUUUGCAUGUGCAAGUUCAACUCACAUUUAUUUGGAAAAUGUACACACUGGCGGCCAUAAGUUUGGAAUUAGGUACAGAUUUUGCUGUUUCAGAAGGAAAUUGGUACUUUAAUUCACCAAAGUGGCAUUCAGCUGAUCCCAAAAUGUCAGACAUUACUGAUGUAAAGAAACAGCACCAUCAUUAUUUGAAAAAUAAAAGUCAUUUUUGAUCAAAUCUACACAUUCCUCAUUUCCAGCAGCCAUCACACCAACACCUUAUCCUUGAGUAAUCAUGCUUAAUUGCUAAUUUAUUACUAGAAAAUCACUUGCCAAAAUCAAACAGUGAUGAAAGCUAGUUGGUUUGUUAAAUGAAGCUUAACUUUUUGUUUAAUGUCAAUAUUAUGUCAAAAAUGGCAAAAAGUACAGCUUUCUCUAGAAACUCGUCAGUCAAUCAUCGUUGUGAGGAAUGAAGGCUAUACAAUACUUGAAAUUGGCAAAAAACUGAAGAUUUCAAACGUGUACACUACAGUCUUCAAAGACAAAGGACAACUGGCUCUAACAAGGACAGAAAGAGAUGUGGAAGGCCAGAUGUACAACUAAACAAGAGGAUAAGUACAUCAGAGUCUCUAGUUUGAGAAAUAGACGCCUCACAUGUCCUCAGCUGACAGCUUCAUUGAAUUCUACCCGCUCAACACCAGUUUCAUGUACAACAGUAAAGAGAAGACUCAGGGGUGCCGGCCUUAUGGGAAAAAUUGCAAAGAAAAAGCCACUUUUGAAACAGAAAAUAAGAAAAGAAAAGCCUCCUGCCCGAGAGUGGGCAAAGAAACAUUGGACAACAGAUAACUGGAAAUGAGUGUUAUGGAUCUUAACCCUAUUAAGGUUUUGUGGGAUCAGCUAGACUGUACGGUGCGUGAGAAGUGCCCGACAAGACAGCCACAUCUAUGGCAAGUGCUACAGGACGCGUGGGGUGGGCACCUGAGUAUCUGGCCAAACUGAUAGCUAGAAUGUCAAGGAUCUGCAAAGCUGUCAUUGUUGCACGUGGAGGAUUUUUUUGAUGAGAACUCUUUGAAGUAGUUUAAGAAGUUAGUAAUUUUUCAUGUUAUUAAUGUCCUGACUGUACAUUGUGAUCAGUUGAAUGCCACUUUGGUGAAUAAAAGUUCCAAUUUCUUCCCAUAAGAUCAGAAUCUGUACAUUAUUACAGAAUUUUGGCUGCCAGUGUACAUCUAUUUGUAUUGUAUUGAUAUGCAGUAUUUUAAUUAUUGUGUUGUAUUGUUCUGUUUUACAGUAUGGUAGAUUCUCUCAAGUGACGCUUUGUGUAAACUUCCCAUUUUUUUCCAUUUAGGUCAGAUCUGUCAACAAGCAAUGAGAGCUUCUUAUCAAAGUCAAAUGGCAGUGGAAGGACCUUAGCUGCAAACGAGGAAACUUUUAGGAGAAGUCCAAAUAAAGAGGACACCAGGCAUCCAGAACCUGGGAAACAAAACACUAUAGGACAAACAGAAAGUUCUGUAAAGAGCCAAAGCAGGAAUUUGGAGUAUAUUGGAAGGACUGAGACCUUAAAACUUUUGUAUGAAGAACGGCCCUUCACAUCAGAGAGCGGUUGGGAUAACCAUGCAUCCGAUUAAUCAGCGGGAAGCCAAGUAGAAUCAGAGGAUACUGGGAAAGUGUCAAGAGUCAGGUUGCAGUGGGAGGAGUCAAGAGGAAUCUGAGCACAGUGGAAAGAGUCAAACAGGGACAGGGAACAGAGAGAAUCCAGAGGAACCAAAAACAAGUAACUCAGAUACACCAAAGUGUCCAAGCCUCUGAUCUCUCCAACACUCCAAGGGACCAAGAGGACACUUCUGAUACAUGCCAAUCCAUAGAUUCACAGGGUGAACAUACUUCUCUAAAGAAAGCUCAUAGUGUUGCAACAACAAUAGUCUGUCAGCCCUUUAAUCUUCCCCCACACGCUCUCUGCCCCCUCUCACCCCUGCCAUGCCCACCCUACCUGAGGAAGAGGAGGACUCUCCAGAAGAGCUCGAGAGUACGUCCAGCUCACCCUCCACUUAUGCACCAGUUGAAAGCAAGGUGGUAACUGUAACCAUGACUCCACCAGCCAUUGUACUUCAAAGACAAGUCAGCAAGCAGGAGCCCUGUCCUCUAGAUAAAUCAAGACCACAUAGCCCCAGACAUCGCCUCUCCCGAAACUCUGCAUCCUUGAAUCCAAUCACCACAUUGGAUAAUGAGGGACACAUGAUCGAUCUGGUCAAGGAUCAACUUCCUGAGCUGCAGUUAUCUGUAGAGGACCGUCAGAUGAAUCUAGAGCUUCUAGAGGAGGCCAAGAAAGUCAGCGAUCGCUUCCUGCAACGUAGGGGCAGGCGAUCCACCUGCAGUCUUACUGAGUCUCCUACAGCAGCCCUCACGCCGAACCCAACGCCAUGCUCCUCCCCCAUCCCAUCCAGAAGCAGUUCACUCUCUGCACUGCUAGGUCCUGAGGUCACCACAACUCCUCCUGCAAGUCCCAAAUUCCCCCACACAACUCAGCGUUUGGAGGUGCCUUCAACCCAUGACCAUGGGGACACAAGUAAACUAGAACAGCAGAGCUUUACGAGACUCGUAGAGUGGAUGCCCAGUGACAAGCGAAAGGUGUCCUCUGGUACUUUAAGCCAGCGCUAUGCCACCGCUGUACCAGCCAGAGAGCCCACUGUGGUUCAGAAGGAGAACCCAGUCCAUCAGGGAAAGAACUCUGAACACGCAGCCCAGAAAAAAGAGGAGACUCCUGGCCGUGGCAUCAAUCAACCGCCAGCUACAGGGGUAGCCAAACCCGUCCCCCGGCCACCCACUCAGCAAGCCCCAUGUACGGCCGAAAUCAAAACAAUAGGAGCUUUCCCACCUCUAAUGAGAGCCGUUUCCUGGGACACAGUGGGCUCCAUGAACAUGAAGAAUGCAGCUCCCAAAGAAGAGGAGUGUUUCUCAUUCCCUGACAAUUCAAGGGAGUCGAUAUUUAAGUCCCCCGGGUACAAGGACUUCCCUGUGCUACCCGGGAACGUUCAGAAACUGUCCAAAUUGCGUGAGGAGCACAAACUGAUACGCAUCCAAAGUAUCUCGAGUUCAAAGCUUCCUGACCUGAGUGAAGCAGCUGAGCAGGAGCGAGGUCCACCCACUCUACUCACAAGUUCUCCUAGUGAAGAAGAGAUGAAAGAAAAAUAUGACGCUAUGCCCAACAUUUCAGACAUCAUGCUUCACAAGCUUAAUCUGCACAGAGGUUUAUCUGGCUGCGCACCUCCGCUCUCAGAGAAGGAAGCUGAGAACACCUUUGUGCAGCUGUCACUGGCUUUUCGCAACGACAAUUACACGUUGGAGUCGCGGCUGAAACAAGCAGAAAGAGAGCGCAACCUGACUGAGGAAAACACGGAGAAGGAACUGGAAGAGUUUAAAUGCUCUCUAAAGAACACUUCGUCACAGUGGUUGAAUGUCGAGCAGAGGGAGUUUUACCAGCAACUCAUAGAGACCAUCACUGUCCUGCAUUGCCUGACCAACCGCCUCUCCAGCAGGGCUGAAAUGGUGGGAGCUGUCCGACAGGAGAAGAGAAUGAACAAGGCCACUGAGGUGAUGAUGCAGUAUGUUGAAAAUCUGAAGAGGACGUAUGAGAAGGACCACGCAGAGCUGAUGGAGUUCAAGAAGCUUGCCAACCAAAACUCCAACCGCUGCUAUGGGGGCUCAGUGGACAAUGGAGAUGAUGGCGUUCCACGUGCAUCACGAUCCAUGUCUCUGCAAAUGGGAAAGGCCUUGCCCAGACGAAGAGUCAGUGUGGCUGUUGUUCCCAAGUUUAAUCUAUUGAACAUCCCCGGGCAGACUUCAGCCACCACUGGCCUAGUCGGUGCACUUCCUGUGGUGUGUGAGGCUGGCACAAUUAAGAAUAGCAGUUCCACAGACCCCACUCAACAAGAUAUGCUUGAGAAACCCAGUGAAAACCCUCUGACGGAGCAGGAAAGUGAAACCAUGUCAACCAAACUUCUCUGCAGUCCAGAGAAGAUCAGUGAAGAGAUCAGAGCUAAGAUUGAUGAAGAAGCAUAUAACAGAGGGUACCAAGAAGGACUUAAAAGGAGUAAAGAACUUCAGGAACUUAAGGAGGAGGAAGAGAAAACAGAAGAGAAGCAGGAGGAAAUACAAGGAAUUGCUGAUGAAGACAGGCAAACGAAUAGCAGGUUUGAGGAGGCACUGGAGAUCCUUGAUCGAAUAUUCCCAAAGUUCUUCAGACGAAACCGGAUGCUUUGGAUCAUCCUCACUUUAUUCUUUUUUUCAUUCUUUUUCGUCGGCGUCAUAAACUUCUUUAGUAACCGCUAUAGUGACAGUGGCGACACAUCUGCAGAGAAGUCUGCAAUCACAGGCAAGAAAAAGUUUUUUGGACUGAAUGUAGGGUCUAAGACCCCCGCCCCCGAAUGACAUGAUUCAUUCUCAUAGUCACGGAGAGACAGAGAACUGAACAAGCACCUUGGUUUGGCUACGAUGGCGUCCUUUUUCUUUAUCAUCAAACACAAUGUUGUUUGUGUGAGUCUUUCACAAUGCAUUUAGGAAAUAGCAGAAUUGUAUGUCAUUGUUUGGGACCAAGUGUACUUAUUAUAAAUGUAGUUUACAAUGCAAAUCAUCUAUUUAAGGGUAAGUUGGGAUUUAGUUUUUGGGAAACAAACAUUUUAUAAAACAAAUGUCACAUUUAAUAGAGGUAUAUAAUUAUACCACUCAAACCUUCUUAUUAAACUUCUCAGGUUUUGUGAAAUAUAUAUUUGAAAUAUUACAUACAAUAUUAUAAAAAAAAAGUUUGGUAAAGGAUGUUUUAAAGUUUUUGCAAUUGUCUAUGUUGUUUAUUUAAAUUGACAUUCCAAGGUAGAUCCUGAAGUGCAAUAUUAGUUGCAGCUGUUAGUUGAAUGAGGUGUGUUGGGGUGUGCCUUUAGAGCACUGAUUUUAAACGUACUGAAUUUUUCACAAUUUUAAAGAGCACUUUUAACUAGCAUGACUAAAUUCGUAUUUGCACAUGUGGGCUUGUGUUUAACGUUGUGCCACUUCACCUUUUAAUAAAGGUGUUU